AGCCUGUAACUGACGCAAGCGGAGCUCGUGAAGAUCAUGUACUACUUGUAUUGUAUCAAAGACGUGAUAACAGAACUCUCCUCCCUGAGGAGGAACCCAGACAACAAAAAUGUCACCAUUAUCGAACCCGUUAAUUGACUUGAUCUGUCCCCGAGGACGUCGGUCACUUGGGGAUCCCAGUCAUGUUUGUAUGGACUCUAUGCCAAUGUCUGCCCACACUCUCGUGGACUUUGGCAUCAGCAAUGCGCCUCUCAGCGACAUUGAUAUUUCGAUCUUCCAGCCGUUUAUCCGUCACGAGUACCUGAAGGACCAGCCGGGUCCUUUACAACCACCAGAACAGCAACUGCAGCUACACAAUGUGACGUUUCCCGGCCAGCCGCUUGGGACGGGGGCAGGGCCGCCCUCGCAGUUCCCGCUGUCGCCGCCCAUCUCGUUUUCUGACUACGAGACAUUGCAAUCGACCACCCCGGACGACUGUUACCACUCGAACGCCCUCGCUUUCGAACCACAGCGCCCGGAGUCGGAGGAGGACGAUGACUUAACUGAGGCCUGCCAGCAGUCGGAGGGUUCGACGUCCAACCCUGCCGUGGCCCCGCCGGUCAAUUGGUCCAAGGUCGUGCCGUGGGUGUCGACGAAGCCGCCCUCGCGCGGUCGCCCACGAGGCACCAAACGAAAGUCGGCCGCCCAGAACGUAGAGCCAGUAGACGGCGGCGCCACGACUGCGAAACCCGGCGGCGCCAAACGGGGGAGGAAGCCUCGAGCCUCACGACAACCGAUCGGCAAGGCGGCGCCGGACGAGGACGACAAGGCCGCCCUGAAGGAGGCCAAGGCGGCUCACUCGGUCGUGGAGCGGCGGUACCGCGACAACCUCAACGGGAAGAUGAGCCAGCUGUACUACGUGCUGAGGGAGGUGAACUCGCCGGGCCCGCACUCGCGGCUGUUGUCGAGCACCAACCCCAACGCCGCCACCACCACCACCACCCCGGCAAUCCCUGCGUUCCAGCCGCCCAGCAGGGUACGCAAGUCCGAGAUCCUCAACAGCGCCAUCGACUACAUACACCAGUCCGAGGUGGAGAUGCGGCACAUGGCCGACGAGAUCAAGCACCUGCAGGACAAGGAGCGGACCAUCCGCAACCUCGUCAAGUGCGAGGAAUGGUCGGUGCUCCGGGCACUCCUGAGUGUUUAAAUCCGGGGGUCAGUGGAUGCCUCCCCGCCUCUCUCUCUUGUCUGCGUGUAGAGGGAGAUGACUUUUGGAGCGCUCCAAAGGGGGCAAGGAGGAGGAUUCACUCGCCGUCUCGUGUUUUGUCGCCUUCUCUCCCAAUUUCGGGGGGGGUGGGUCGUGUGCAAAAUGCCGGAGGGAGGGCAAGGGUGGACAGGAGGCAGUCUUCAGCAAAGAGCACGAGCUACUAAAGGGAACGGAAUCGAAUGCAUGUGUGUGUGUACGUAUGGUUCACUGGCAAAGGCAGGCCAGAUUGUUUUUGGGGGGGUGUGUGUGUACAAGGGCCAAUUGAACGCGAGAUACGUAAACUGUCGUCUGGCCACGAUGGUUGGUGAGAGCGUCGGUUUCAAUUGUCUAUGGGAUUUGUUUGUCGACUCUCGAACCAUCACCUUUUGGGCUUUUGUUUUGUUUUGUUUAUUUUGGUGUAAUAUCAGAGGGCAUUUCCCACCAGGAUCCGAAUCAGCUCAUCAGACUCCGAACCAGACUCAAAAGACAGGUACGAGGAAG